AUGGGACUUACACAACCGGCCACGACAGGCCAAUCAUCAACCGAAGUGUCUUCCACCGACGACGUCGCUUAUGAACCGAAGCCGGAACCAAUCACUCACAGACCUCAGUCAAUACCAUCUGCCGAAGCACAACCCACAGAUGCUGCCAUCACGAUAGGACCUCCGCCGGAUGGCGGACUGAGGGCGUGGCUCCAGAUUGUCGCCGGCCACCUCGUCGUCUUCACCACCUGGGGUUACAUCAUCAGCUUCGGCAUCUUCCAACCAUACUACAUGCAAGAACUCAACCUAGAGCCCUCUUCCGUGUCCUGGAUCGGAAGCAUCCAGACGUGUCUGCUGUUCGUCAUCGGCACAUUCACCGGACGAGCGUUUGAUGCUGGAUACUUCAGGCCCUGUCUGAUAUCGGGUUUCUUCAUGCAGCUAGUCGGCAUCUUCACAACGAGCGUGGCGACGACGUACUGGCAGCUGUUUCUCUCGCAGGGACUGUGUCAGGGCCUGGGCUGCGGGCUCGUUUUUGCACCGACUAUUGCCAACAUGACGACGUACUUCUCUAAGAAGAGGACAUUGGCCCUGUCGGCGGCGGCUUGUGGUGGCGGAACUGGCGGCGUCAUCUUCCCCUUGAUUGCGCAGCAGCUGAUCCCCCAGGUUGGAUUCCGCUGGACGGUGCGAGCGAUGGGAUUGGUGGUUUUGGUGAGCAGUGUCAUUAUUGUCCUGCUGGUGCGGCCGAGGCUGCCUCCGCGAAAGGCCGGUCCUCUGGUUGACUGGGGCGCAUUCAAGGAGAUGACUUAUGUCCUGUUUGCCAUCAGCAUGUUCAUCACGCUCUGGGCCACCUACUUUGCGUACUUUUAUGCACGCGCGUUCUCCAUCGACCGGCUCGGCGGCUCUCAGGCAACGUCGUUCAACAUGCUCAUGAUCAUCAACGCUAUUGGCAUACCAGGGCGAUUGAUCCCGGCAUUUCUGGCCGACAGAUUCUUCGGAGCCGUGAACGUUUUCAUCCCCACGAUCCUCGCGGCAGCUGUCUGCAUCUUUGCGUGGUCGGGCGUCAACUCCAUCACGGGCGACUAUAUCUGGCGUGGCAUCGCUGACUGGGCCGCCACUGGCUGGGAAGCUGGUCGUGGUGGCUCAUGGAAGCUAUAUCGGGGCGCAGAUCUGGGGAGGAGUGUGCCUCGUCAUUGGCGCAUUGUUUCUCAUUGCGGCGAGGUGGGCGAGCAAGCGGGAGCUUGCGAGGGAGAAGCUGGAGGAGCAGUCGGGUAG